AUGUUGUUCAAGUCGCUAGUAGCGGCCUUUGGCCUUCAACUCGCCGUUGAAGUCGUAGCAAGUCCUCUCUUGCGCGACAAGGUCCCAGCCAAGCGUGAUGUUCCAUCUACCCACAGGCUUCAUGAACGCCACCCGCCCCGCACGGCCAACCACUGGACGAAACGGGAGAGAUUGUCCCGAUCGACUGUUUUGCCCAUGCGCAUUGGCUUAAAGCAGCGGAAUAUCGAUGCGGGACAUGCCAGGCUUAUGGAUAUCUCUAACCCGAGAUCUGCCAACUAUGGCAAACACAUGACUGUCGAGGAAGUUACCGACUUCUUUGCUCCGGCACAGUCUAGCGUGGAUGCCGUGAUUGACUGGCUUGUCUCUGCCGGCAUUGAUCGCAAGCGCAUCAGCCAAUCGGCUAACAAGCAGUGGAUUCAGUUCGAUUCGCCGGCUGAAGAGGCCGAGGAUCUCCUGGUGACCGACUUUUACUACUGGGAGGACAGCACAGGCUCACAUCGGGACAUUGCUUGUGAACAGUAUCAUCUUCCAGCCCACAUUCAGGAGCACGUUGACUAUGCGACUCCUGGAAUCAGAUUGCGCGCAAACAAUGUCAUGAAGCGCGAUGCCAAGAAGCGCAGUGUUGACAAGCGUGCGGUAACAAAUGUCCCCGGCCUUCGCGAUGGCCCUCACUUUACCAACAAUGUCGCCCACAUGAAUGCUGUGAACGAUGUUCCAGGUGUCAAUUCCACCUCUUGCAGCAGUUUCAUUACAGCUGAUUGCAUCAGAGUUCAAUAUGGUGUUCCCAAUGGCACGACAGCCGCCGACGGCAAUGAGCUCGGAAUCUUUGAAGAUUUGAACGACCAUUACAGCACAGCUGAUCUCGACGCAUUCCUGGCGGCUGUUUACCCCGACCUUGACAUCCCUGCCGGGACAUAUCCUGAGAACCGUUUGGUCGACGGCGCCAUUGGAUCUUACGAGGAUCUUGUAGCCACUAUUGGCUCUCAAUUUGGCGGUCUCGGACAAGAAUCUACUUUGGACUUCCAGUCGGCCAUUCCCCUCAUCUGGCCCCAGAAGACAGUCUUGUACCAGACAAAUGACGAGUACUAUGAGAUUGUGGGAACACAGGGAUUCUUCAACACUUUCCUCGAUGCUAUUGACGGCAGCUACUGCGACUUCACCGAUUUCGGACAGAAACAGUGCGGCGUGUUUAAGCCUACCAAUGUCAUCUCAGUUUCCUACAACGGCAUUGAAGAUCUUCUCCCCAACAACUACCAGUACCGCCAGUGCGACGAGUACCUGAAGCUGGGUCUGCAGGGCGUUACCGUUGUCUUUUCAUCCGGUGACUACGGUGUUGGCACUCAUCUGGGCUGCAUUGGUCCCAACUCAGAGCCCAACGUCGGAAUCAUCUUCACUCCUGGUUUCCCCCAGGCAUGCCCAUACAUCCUCGCAGUCGGCGGCACUGAACUGAGGAGGUCAGACCCCAGCGCUCCUCCCGUCGAGUGGGAAAUCCUCGAGGAGGUGGCCACUACUCAGUUCCCCAGCGGCGGAGGCUUCAGCAACAUCUUCACCGUCGCCGACUACCAGACCGACGCUGUCAACGCCUACUUUGACACAGUGGGAGACUCGCUGCCGUUCAAGUCAUACAACCAGACUAUCGUGGACGGCAACUUUGACAAUGUCACAGACGUCAACCAGGUCUACAACCGCGGGGGCCGUGGUUUCCCUGAUGUUGCGGCCGUGGGAGAGAACCAGCUCAUUGUUUACGACGGCCAAUUUGGCACCAUUGGCGGAACUUCGCUGUCGACGCCGCUCUGGGGAUCUUUCCUGACUCUGAUUAACGAGAAGCGCAUUGCUGCUGGCAAGAGCACUCUUGGAUUUGUCAACCCAGCUCUGUAUGCACACCCAGAGGUAUUCAACGACAUUACGGAGGGAAACAACAACGGCUGCAGCUCUCCUGAUGAGACAACUCUUUGGGGCUUCCCUGCUGCUGCUGGAUGGGAUCCGGUGACGGGACUUGGAUCACCGAACUAUACCGCCCUUGAGUCGGUUCUGGUCGCUCUGUAA